CGAUCAAAAUUCAAACUGUCAUCAUCACCAGGCCAGACGUCUUGUUCAUCUGUGUAUCGAUUCACACCGCAACUUCUAGUUUAUUCAAUAGUUUUUAAUUUCUCACAAUAAUCAGUAUGUCUACUUUUUAAAACACCAUCUAAUUUUUUCCAUACACCAAGACAACCGAUUUGACGUUCAAAAUAUCCACAUAAAUCAUUAAAAUGAGUUCAUCAGGAUCACCUAAGUCCCCUGCUCCACCUGGCCAACAAUUUUCAUUACUGCCUAAAAUCAUAAAUGGUGGCAUCGCAGGCAUCGUGGGCGUGUCUGUGGUGUUCCCACUGGAUCUGGUAAAGACGCGACUGCAGAAUCAAACUGUCGGCCCAAAUGGAGAGAAACAGUACAAAAACAUGUUGGAUUGCUUCAAAAAAACAUAUGCAGCCGAAGGAUAUUUUGGCAUGUACCGAGGGUCUGCAGUCAACAUCGUCCUUAUUACUCCGGAGAAGGCCAUAAAACUAGCUGCCAAUGACAUGUUCAGACAUUACCUUACACUUCCAGAUGGAUCAUUGCCUGUAUUCCGCCAAAUGAUAGCGGGUGGAAGCGCAGGAGCCUGCCAAAUUGUCAUCACAACGCCCAUGGAACUGCUGAAAAUUCAAAUGCAAGACGCUGGGCGCAUCGCAGCACAAGCCAAAGCGGAGGGUCGUACAGUACAGAGAACGACUGCGCUGGAAUUGACAAAAAAACUGUUGCGAGAGCGCGGAGUCUUCGGUCUUUACAAGGGCGUGACGGCCACGGCGGCCCGUGACGUGUCCUUCAGUGUGGUGUAUUUCCCACUAUUCGCGACGCUCAAUGACCUCGGCCCGAAAGAAAAACCCGGUGGUCCGACCGCUUUCUGGUGGUCGUUCAUUUCGGGCUGUUCGGCCGGUUCGGCGGCGGCGCUGGUCGUGAACCCGAUGGAUGUGGUGAAGACACGCAUGCAGACUCUCACCAAAGGGACUGGUGAAAGGCAAUAUAGCUCUAUCAUGGAUUGUAUUGUAAAAACAAUGAAGUACGAAGGCCCCACGGCAUUCUUCAAGGGCGGUAUGUGUCGUAUGAUUGUAAUAGCUCCUUUGUUCGGCAUCGCACAAACUGUCUACUAUCUGGGUAUAGCCGAGGCGUUACUGGGACUCAAGUAAAUACACAAUCCCUACCAAUGUUUGACAACAUUAUGAUCAUUUUUUUAAAUUAUUUUCUCACAUUUAAUAGCAUGCAAUCGGUUCAUUGUUCGAAUUGUGAUUAUUUAUUGUAUUAAGAUUGUAUUGUGAUGAAUUGCGAUAAUUUGCAAGUUGCUAUUAUUUAUUUGAAACGAGGAGACUAUCUCAGGCCACAACGCCUGUUUUGUGAAAAAGUAUUACUAAAAGUCCUUAAAAUAUUUCGCAAAACUAAAUCAUUAUACCGAUUUACAAUUAGCGAAUUCAAGGCAUUGUUUAUUCACUCAAAAUAAACAUAAUUGCCAUUAAUCCUACAAGGCUUUUAUGUAUAAUUGUUUAGGAUAUUAUAUUUGAAAUUCGUACAUUAGUUGUUCCCAGUAAUAUGUUGCCAACUAGUUGUAGUCGAUCGAAUAUAUUCAAUGAAUGUAAUAUCAAUGUAUUCCCAAAUUACUGCUAAACAUUGAAUUUUGGAAACAGGAUUGUUAUACAUAAAUAUAUUAUUGGGACGUUUUGCAUACCGAGUGUGUACUUUAAAACUAGGUAUUUGAAUAAUACAUAAUUGAAGACGGCCGAUAAAAUAGUGUAUUUUUGAGAUAGAUAGAUUGAAAGAUUGAGCUAUUUUUAAAUAAUAAUUUAUAUCAAAUAAUAUAUAGUCAUUUUACAUUGACAAUAAUUUAUUUUUA